AUGCAUACCUUCUUUUCUCAUAUUAAUAAGUCUGGUCGAUCGGACUUCCCUCGUCCGAGAGGCAGCACGACUAGCAGCAGCCCUGAUGAUACCUCCUCCGAUUCCCCCGAAUGGAACGACGACAGAGUAGAGGUCUUUACACAGGAAAUGGACUUACCCAAGGUGGAGGAAAUCGAAGAAGAUAUCUUGAGCAUCAAACCAGCCGAGGUGGGGGACUCGGCCGCUCCCGCCACCGUGCCACGGAAACGUGGUCGACCUCGCAAACAUCCAUUGCCAACAGGCGCCAAAGUCACCAAAGGUCGCUCCAAGACCGGCUGUAUCACCUGUCGCAGGCGCAAGAAGAAAUGUGACGAGACAAAACCUGCAUGCCUAAACUGCCAGAAGAAUGCGGUCGUCUGUGAGGGCUACCCACCCAAAGAAAUCUGGAAAAGUGGGAGACAGAAGCUGGCCAACGUCGUAUCCCAGUCCCUUGCAGCAGUGCCGCGAAGCCUACCCCUCCUUAUCGACGGCAUCGAAACCGACAUCGACCGACGCUUCUUGGAUCACUUUGUAUACGGCUUCAGUCGCGUGUUGACACUCAUUAAUGAUGACUCGAAUCCUUUCAAGGAGAUUCUCCUCCCGAUGGCAACCCAACACCGUGGUCUGAUGCAUUCGCUCAUGUGUCUCUCCGGGUCGCACCUGUCAGGUCUAGACCCUGAGCCGAAGCUGAAGGAGCGAAAAUACUACCACUUCCAUCGCGCGAUUCAAGACCUCAAGGACAAUAUCAAUGCGUCUUCAUCCUCCUCCCCACAGACCCCCGAUGCCGAGCAGCAACUGCUGGUGGAAGACCCUAUAAUAGCAUCCACCAUCGCUCUGAGCUUGAAUACCAUCUGCGAAGGUGAAACCAACGGCGAAUACCGCCCGCACAUGGAUGCCGCCCGGUAUCUGUUGGUAUCACAGCAACCGCGGAACGAAAAGUUCCGCCAGUUCAUAGUCGAGUUCUUCCAGUACCACGAUGUCUCCAACUCCCUCACCUCGCUGGACCGACGCCCAGCUCUCUUCCACAGCAACAUGAACAUCCCCAACUUCGUCCCGGGCGCCUCGGCGGGUAUGUUCGUAGGCGUCUUUGAUGGACUUUUCAACUACAUUUCCGAGAUUACCCAACUACGCGACCGCAUUCGUCAGCGCAUGAACGAGGGAUACGAGCCAGCCGUGGACUACCAGACUCUCAGCGAGGCUGUUUCUAUUGAUACGGCUAUCCGGAACUGGGAAACAUCCCACGAGCCGGACACCCCAAACUGGUGCCUGGCCCAGCUGUACCGCCAAACCACCUGGGUGUAUCUAUACCGAACUAUCCGGCCCUCGCGACCAAGUGAAAAGAUCGCCCAGGUGGUCGAUGAUGGCCUAGGCUAUCUUGAUCAGCUGCCACAGGAUGCGGGUGCUUACAGUAUCGUGCUGAUGCCACUGUUCUUGCUCGGUUGCUCGGCAUUUGUGCCCGAGCAACGUGAACGUUUAAGAACGGGCUUUGAAAAUCUCAAGUCCUACUCCAACCUGCGGAAUAUCGAGCCUGCUUUCAAGGUUGUUUCGCGGGUUUGGGAGAUUAUGGAUACUAAUAUCGAGGAUAGUUGGGACUGGGAGAAGAUUAUCUGUGAUAUGAACAUGGAUUUCCUGAUCACUUGA